GAGAGAGAAGGAGAGAGAGAGAGUUGUGGAAGUCUGAACAAAGACUCAUACAGAGAGAAAAGUUGGGAAUCUGAGAAAGCAUUAAGGACGAGAGUGAGGGAGAGAGAGAGAGAGAGAGAGAGAGAGUGAGGGAGAGAGAGAGUGAGGGAGAGAGAGAGUGUAUCAACUUUGGAGGACAAAUACAGCAAAGAGCAAAAGAAAGAACAAGAAGAGGAGUCUGUGUGUGUGUGUGUGUGUGUGUGUGUGUGUGUGGGACGUGUCCUGGCUUAUUCUCUGUGUCUGUGUGUGUUGUGUGUGUCUGUGUGUGUUGUGUGUGUGUGUGUGUGUGUGUGUGUGUGUAAAAGUGAAUGAGUCUACGCUUGAUGCCACACCUCCCUGUCUACCCAUUAGCACGAGAGAGCAGACGGGAAAGAGAGAGAGAGAGAGAGAGAGAGAGAGAGACGGAAGAGAAACUUUAACUACCUCUGAUUGGAAUUACAGAUUGCUGGACGUCUCAUCACACCCACACACCCACACACACACACACCGGCAGAUGAUGGACUGAGAGUGAAGAAGAGGUGCAGCCAUGUCGUUCUUUGGCCUUGACUGUGUGAAAAAAAAAGAGAAAGAGACGGAGAGGAGGAUUCGGGCAAAUGACAGGGAAUACAACCUCUCCUUCAGAUAUGCGACUAACGGGAUCAAGACCUCGAAAUACAACGUGCUGACCUUCCUCCCCAUCAACCUGUUCGAGCAGUUCCAGAGGAUCGCCAACGCCUAUUUCCUCUGCCUGCUCGUCCUCCAGGUGAUUCCCGCCAUCUCUUCUCUCUCAUGGUUCACCACAGUUGUGCCCCUCGCCCUGGUGCUGACUGUCACUGCCGUCAAAGAUGCCAUUGAUGAUAUAAAUCGGCACAAGAGUGAUCGGCAGGUGAACAACCGCAAAGCCGAGGUGCUGAUCAAUGGAGAGCUCAGAAGUGAGAAAUGGAUGAACAUUCAAGUGGGAGACAUCAUCAGACUGGAGAACAACCAGUUUGUCACAGCUGAUCUCCUUCUCUUGUCUAGCAGCGAGCCCAUGAACCUGGUUUACAUUGAGACCGCCGAGCUAGAUGGGGAGACUAAUCUGAAGGUGAAGCAGGCUCUGACAGUUACAGGAGAAAUGGGUGGGAGUGUCGAGGCCCUGGCUGCAUUUACAGGAGAGGUGUGCUGUGAACCCCCUAAUAACCGUUUGGACAGUUUCUCGGGGACGUUGGUGUGGAAGGGACACAAACACCCACUGGACAAUCAGUGUGUGCUGCUGAGGGGCUGUACUCUCCGAAACACAGCUUGGUGCUUCGGCCUGGUGCUGUUUGCUGGUCCUGACACUAAGCUGAUGCAGAAUUGUGGGAAAUCCAGUUUCAAGAGGACGAGCAUCGAUCACCUGAUGAAUGUUCUUGUGCUGUUUAUCUUCGCGUUCUUGGUGUUGAUGUGUGUGAUUCUGGCGGUGGGUCACGGUAUCUGGGAGCACUACGAGGCCAGAAACACCACCUACAUACCUCGAGAGGGGAACAUGGGUGCUGCGUUCUCAGCCUUCCUCACCUUCUGGUCCUACAUCAUCAUCCUCAACACUGUGGUGCCCAUAUCACUCUAUGUCAGUAUGGAGGUAAUCCGUCUGGGGAACAGUUACUACAUUAACUGGGACAGACUGAUGUAUCACGAGCGCAGCGACACACCAGCAGAGGCUCGCACCACCACGCUGAACGAGGAGCUUGGACAGAUCAACUACGUCUUCUCCGACAAGACCGGCACGCUCACACAGAACAUCAUGAACUUCACCAAGUGUUCCAUCGGCGGCAAGACUUACGGAGAUGUGAUUGACCACUACACAGGACAGAGACUAGAGAUCUCAGAGGACAUGCUCCCUGUGGAUUUCUCCUUUAAUGAUCUUGCUGAUGCGAAGUUCCAGUUCUACGAUGCCACUCUGUUGGAGGCAGUGAAGCUCGGCACUCCACAAGUUUGCAGUUUCUUCAGACUGCUUGCUCUGUGCCACACCGUCAUGCCUGAUGAGACCAACAACGAGCUGGUGUAUCAGGCUCAGUCUCCAGACGAAGGCGCUCUGGUGACGGCGGCACGUAAUUUUGGCUUCGUUUUCCGCUCGCGCUCUCCGGAAUCGAUGUGUGUGGUGGAGCUGGGUGAACUACGCUGCUACGAGCUGCUCGCCAUCCUCGACUUCAACAACGUCCGCAAGAGGAUGUCUGUCAUCGUGCGCAGUCCAGAGGGAAAGCUCUCACUGUACUGUAAAGGAGCAGACACCAUUGUUUAUGAGCGACUGCACGAGUCCUGCAGCAAACUGAUGGAGGUCACCACAGAACACCUCAACGAAUUCGCUGGGGAGGGUCUGCGCACGCUGGUCUUGGCCUAUAAGGAUCUGGAUGAGCAGUAUUUCUCUGAGUGGAAACAGCGCCACCAUGAGGCGAGCACUGCACUUGACCAACGGGAAGAAAACCUGAAUGACCUGUAUGAGGAGAUUGAAAGAGACCUGCAGUUAAUCGGAGCCACAGCGAUAGAGGACAAGCUGCAGGAUGGUGUGGCGCAGACCAUCGAGCAGCUGGCCAAGGCUAACAUCAAGAUCUGGGUGCUGACAGGAGACAAGCAAGAAACUGCAGAGAACAUCGGCUACUCCUGUAACCUGCUGCGAGAGGAGAUGACCGACGUCUUCACCAUCUCUGCAAACUCACACGAGGAAGUGAGGAGAGAACUCAGAGAAGCUCGGGUGAAGAUGCGUCCAGACUCAGGAGAGGAAGUGUCUUUCAUCUCAGAUAGCAUUCUGGGUAACGAGCCUAAAGUGGUGCAUGAUGAGAAUGUGAGCGGCGAUUACGGCCUGGUCAUCAACGGCCAUAGCCUGGCGUACGCUCUGGAGCGCAGUAUGGAGCUGGAGUUCCUGCGUACGGCGUGUAUGUGUAAGACGGUGAUCUGCUGUCGGGUCACUCCUCUUCAGAAGGCUCAGGUGGUGGAGCUCGUUAAGAAGUACAAACAGGCGGUCACUCUGGCUAUCGGAGACGGCGCUAACGACGUCAGCAUGAUUAAGGCGGCUCAUAUCGGAGUGGGGAUCAGCGGGCAGGAGGGCAUGCAGGCCGUUCUCUCCAGCGACUUCUCCUUCGCGCAGUUCCGUUACCUGCAGCGCCUCCUGCUGGUGCACGGUCGCUGGUCCUACCUGCGCAUGUGCAAGUUCCUACGCUACUUCUUUUACAAGAACUUCACCUUCACCUUUGUGCACUUCUGGUACGCCUUCUUCUGUGGGUUCUCCGCCCAGACGGUGUAUGACCAGGCCUUCAUCGCUCUCUAUAACCUCAUGUACACAGCGCUCCCGGUUUUGGGCAUGGGCCUUUUCGACCAGGAUGUGAACGACAGCUGGGGUCUGGAGUACCCUCAGCUUUACGGGCCAGGCCAGCUGAGUGUGUACUUUAACAAGGGAACCUUUGUGAAGUGUGCACUUCACAGCUGCUACAGCUCCCUGGUGCUGUUCUUCGUGCCCUACCUUGCCCUGUACGACACCGCUGACUACCAGUCCUUUGCGCUGCUCACGCAGACGUGCCUCAUCAUCACCGUGUGUUUUCAGUUGGGUUUGGACCUGUCGUACUGGACGGCGGUGAAUCACCUGUUUGUAUGGGGGAGUUUGGGGAUGUAUUUCCUCGUCACCUUCGCUAUGCAGAGCGACGGCCUGCACCACCUCCAGCCGAGCUCCUUCGCCUUCGUAGGCACCGGGCGCAACACUCUGGAUCGUCUCAACGUUUGGUUGUCGAUUGUCCUGACGGUGGUCCUGUGUGUGCUGCCAGUGCUCAUUCACCGCUUCCUGUACACCCAAAUCCAUCCCACUAUCAAUGACAGGGUGAGGUUUAUGGUGCACCAGAUGAAGGCCCAGCCUCCUCCUCCUCGCCAUCGCACCAGGAUCCGCCGCUCCAGCACUCGCCGCUCGGGCUACGCCUUCUCUCACACUCAGGGCUACGGCGACCUCGUCACCUCCAAACGGUUCCUACGCCGACAGGCCCCACCCCGAUCCACAGGGUUCACGCCCACCGGCCGCACAGCCCGGUUCAGCCCGACCGGGAAACAGCAGAACUCUAAACAGGAGGUGGAACCCACGCAGCUCCAGAACUAUCGUGUUGUAAAAGACUCUGCGUUCUAGAGGUGGAGCUUCGAUUGUGAAGACCAAAAAUUAGAAGUGGGUUCUAGCACAGAAACAUCGGGGACCCCAGUGAGGCACGGGUUCUAGAAUCAAACUAUAAAGUGGUCUGGUGCGGGUCCUAAAACCAAUAUCUGGUGCUUGUGUUAGAAAUUAGAAAUUAGAAAUGAUGGUGGAGGUUCUUGAACUCUAUUGAACCAUGCAGUACUCCACCUUAUCAGGAUAUUGUGUAACUGAAGGAAACGGCAGAACUACUGCACCCUCCAAAAUUCCCCUUUUCAGCGGCGGGGCUUGAGUGACGAAAGUGAGUUUGAGGAACAAAACGAGAAGUGGAUUCCAGAACCAAAAUUAGCACUAGGGUCAAAACCCAAAAUUAAUGGUGACGUUCUAAUAAAAUUACGAGCAGGUUCUAGAUUCCAGAUUUGGCACAGGUUCUAAUACCAAAAUUAGAAGUUGGUUUUAACACCAAUAAUGGAUUCCAUAAAUUACAGUAGGUGCGAAAAGAGAAUCUGGUACUAAAACAACAAAAUUGGCAGCGGAAUCUGAAAUCACGUUCAGGAUCUAGCAUUAGAGUUAUCACUGGGUUCUAGAGGCAACGUUAACUUUGGACUUCACAUUUACUUUUACAGCAUUUGGCAGACAAGAACAGGGUUUUUGGAGCAGUGUUUACAUGGUUCUGAACAGAACAGAACACAAAACACACACACACACACACACACACACACACAUAUGAGGUUCUGAUAUAAAGGAAUGUAAAAUAUUGCAUAAAUAUUAAUUAAUAUAUCACUAUCUGUUACACAAUACACACACACACACACACACACACACACAGAGACUGUGGUACCAGGUUUCACACAUUCCUCAGAACCAAAAUGGGAGUAAAAAAGAACACAAGAACAGACAUGUCCACAAGCAGGAGCAGCGUUUCACUUCCUGAAGGAGGGAACUUCACGGGGAGAACAAACAGCUCACCAUCAUUAGUCCAUCAGAUCACAACACACACCCUGUAGAUCACAUCUCACCAUCAUCACUGCAUUGUGGGCGUGGCACAGAGGUGCAUCCUGUAUCUGCUGCUCUGAACUACAUUGCAGUGCAUUGUGGGAUUUCAUCAGCACAGCUGGACAUGUGCUGGGACACUAGUGCACAUUCAGACUUACAAAAUACUGCACUAUGUAGUGUGUAGGGUGCAGCUGGAAAUCACCGUUACACCAAAGGCACAUGACAUCAAAGACUGGCGGUCACAUGACAUCAAGGACCGGGGUCAUAUGACAGCAAAGACUGGGGGUCACAUGACAUCAAAAAUUGACACCAAAAUCUCUAGUCAUAUGACAGAUUGAUGUCACAUGACACAGGUCACAUGACAUCAAAGACUGGGGGUCAUAUGACAGCAAAGACUGGGGGGUCACGUGACGUCAAAAAUUGACUUUACAUGCCACCAAAAUCUCUAGUCAUAUGACAGAUUGAUGUCACAUGACACUGAGGUCACAUGACACCAAAGACUGGGGUCACAUGACAUCAAAGACUGGGGUCACAUGAUGCGAAAGACUAGAGGACAGAUUUGUGUUUUUACAGACAUAAAACAGAUGUAUAAACGUGCAUGACUCCAAAAAAGCAGCAUGUUUAUUUCUGUAACCAGGAAGUGCCUUGUGUGUGUGUGUGUUGUGUGUGUGUGUGUGUGUUGUGUGUGUGUGUUGUGUUGUGUUACUAAAAGAGUAUUUCUUACAUGAGGUCAUCCAUGACUACAUUACCACUGAGAUUUCUAACACCAACACACCAAACCUCCAAAUGUUUUGGGUUAUUAUUGAGGUUUCACCUCUGUCACAUUUCUACUUUUUGACUUUUAAUUCUGAUGUUUUAUGUUUUAUUUUUGUUUGUUUGUUUGUUUUAUCUUCGUAUUCAGACAAAUGCCACUUUCACUGUAAAUCAGAAGCCUGUGGAACUGGAACGGUCCAGGCGUCUCCCACUGCUGUUGUCUUGCGUCUGUGGGUUAACAGGAGAGGAGCUCAGGUUAAAUGUAAUCGUAAAUGUAACACCACAAAGCUUCCUUUUCAUUUCUACUCAUGUUUUAAUUACACAAUAUAACAGCUAAGCUAGUCAGCUACCUAAACACAGCACUGCAAUAUCAUUAUCUGUAUGUUUAUUAGCAGGUUAGCUAACUUCAGGUAAACUCAUAAAACUUGUAGUCAGUCACUAAACUAGUGACCAGCUUUGUGAUUGGCCAAGAGACACGUAUCAGUGAACAAAAUACCAAAAUAAGCUGAGAAGCAAAAUUAGACGAGUAUUCCAAAAAACAUUUUCAGGUUUCAGGUUUUGGUAUUGGGAUUUGGAAGCUAAGUCAAGUUAGCUGUGAUAUCUAGCUAGCUAAACACACUAAACCUGCAGGGAAGAGAUAUCGCAUGCUCUUAGGUAGCUAGUAAAUGUCACAAUAUGUUCGCAAGUUAUCCGUAAUCAUGAACCACGUUAUGAUAAAGAAGAGUUAUGGUGAUGAUACAGACGCAGCUAAUCAUUUUUAAAUUGUUUUUAUGAGUGAAACUUUUGGCUGAGUGUUUCUGGGAUUUUAACAAUGUAUUUUUUUUAAAGUAAUGUUUAUAGCGUAAUGUUCGUACCGUGUUACUGCAACGUCGCAUGUUUUAGCUGUAAUCAUGCGAACAUGAAGUUUACAUGAUAUUUGUCUAAUUGGGAAUGUUGUGAACAAACUAUUCACUACCGUGUCACAUUUUCAGAUCAGUGCAGGAACUGUUUUAACUUUUAACAUUAUUAAACGCUGGGAUUUUAGAUGAUGUGUGUAUGGUAAUGGGUAAGGCAGGUUGCUUAGCGCCCUAUAAAGUCCAGACCCAGCGCCGUGACCGUGUGUGUGUGUGUGUGUGUGUGUGUGUGUGUGUGUGUGUAGUUAAUUACGGAUAAGAAAAAUCGUACAAACUUCCCCUGACUGCGUACAGAUCAAACUGCUGGGAUUAUUUUCAUUCUGUUUGUCUUCAGGUUGAUUUAGCUGUUUAAUCUAUUAUACAUUUUUUCUCCUUGUUUUUAAACGCUGAAAUACCUGGCAAUCAAAACGUGUGAUGACUUCAUGAGCAAAAUCUUUCUGUUUAUAUUUUUUACUACAAACAUUUGUAUAAAUAAAAGCCUUUUAUAUCCA